CCCGCCGCCGGCCCCGCUCCCGCUGCGGGCCCCGCCGCCGGCUCCGCACCCGCCAUGGACAGAUAAGCCGCGGUCUCAGGCAGGAGGAAGAUGCACAGUCCCAUCCCACGCCUGGGCAGGGUGAUGGUUUUCCUUGCAGCAGCCCUGGCGUCAGCCUCCUUCACCAUCCCUGAGGGCUGGGGAGAGGAAGGUGUGCAGUACGGACAAGUGGGGACAGAUGUGACCCUGCCAUGCACCGGUGCCUGCGCUGGCUCACCAGUGCAAUGGAGACGAGCGGGUGCUGGGUCACUGCCAGAGGGCUCAGCGGUCCGUCAGGGAGCCCUGGUGCUGCCACAGGCCAGCUUGGCCAGUGCAGGAACUUACAGCUGCCACGGCGAGGAUGGUGGCCUCCUGCACACCGUGUCCCUGCGGCUGGGGCACCUGCCCGGAGUCCCCUUUGUGUCCUGCAGAGCAUCCGACUAUGAGAACUUCUCCUGCUCCUGGACCUCCAGCAUAGAGACUUUUCUCCCUACCAGAUACAUCACCACCUACAGGAAGAAAUCACUGACAGGUGAAGAGAAGCGGAGGAACAAGAACGGGCACAUGGGGCCGUGCCUGCAGGAUCCAUCCCGCCCCAGCACCUGCACCGUCCACGGGUCAGAGUUCUGGAGCUCCUACCGCCUGAACAUCACUGAAGUGAACCCCCUGGGCUCCAGCUUCCGCCUCCUCGACGUCACCAUGCAGGCAAUCAUUAAACCAGACCCUCCAGAGGGUUUGGUGGUGGAGCCCAUCCCCCUGGCCCCGCGGCGGCUCUUGGUGAGCUGGAAGUAUCCCUCCUCCUGGCCCAAGGAACCCCACUUCCAGCUCAGGUUUCGCCUCCAGUACCGGCCCAUCAUCCACCGCUCCUGGUCUGUGGUGGAGACAGUGAACCUCUCCGAGGUGAUCACGGAUGCCUUCGCUGGGCUGGAGCACGUGGUCCAAGUCAGCGCCAAGGAUUUUCUGGAUGCAGGGAACUGGAGCGAGUGGAGCACUGAGGCCCGGGCAACGCCAGUCAGAGAUCUGGCCACUACAGUGAUUGAAGAAACCACUACAGACACCAGCCUGGAGAGCGUGGCCGAAGAGCCCUCCCAGGCUCCCAACCCUGAGCCCAUCAACCAUAGCGAUCCCCUGGAGAAGAUGGCUGUCCUGGUGUCCCUUGGGAUCUUCGCCUUCUUCGUCCUGGCUGCUGUUGUCGUCAUCACCAUCCUCAUCUGGCUCCGAGUGAGGAAGCACGGCAAGGACAAGACCAAACCCCACAACUUCUUGGUUGCUGCCACCCACUUGAAGGCACUGCCAAAGGCCCAGAUCCUGUAAUGAGCCCUGGCUGCUCCCUGCUCCCCACGCCCGCUCGCCCGCCCGUGGGACUUGAUGCCACUGCUGGCCCUCAAAGACCCCCACGCCUCCCAGGUCACCUCACGGCCAUGGACAUUGCUGGAGCCCUCAGCAACCUGGGGGUGCAGGAUGGACCUUAAGGAGAGAGGCUUAGAGAAGCUCCUCCUGCUCCCAGGAGUUUUUCGGGCUGCCCGUGCCCACCCGGAGUCAACCAGAGUCACUCUGGACUGAGGGCAAUGGGUCAGCCCCACCGCUGCACGCUGCUGAACACAUGGGGAUAGAUGCUGAGCCAGCUCCACUUCACUGCCUAGUGUCGAGGGGACCACACGUGUGGGCUCCAUGGGGGGCUGGGUGUCAGUGAGCAGGGGGUGCUGAGCCCUACCCGUCACCCCCCACCAGCCACCCUCAGGCAGAGAGGAUCUCUCCCACACCACCACCACCCCAUCCCUCUGCCCCUCUCCCCUGUACUGUGGCUGGAUGGAGAAGUGAUGCCAAUAAAGGGGGUAGCAUUGGCACACCCCAGGCGGGA